AUGAAUAGAAGAUUAUCUUCCGAACAGGAUAAUUUAAGAAUAAAACGAGCCUUGAUGAGACAGUAAAUUAAUCAAUCACAUCGUGUUGAUAGAGAAUUUGAGAUCGACGAAAGAUUUAACUCUAUUUCUAUGUAUAUAAAACAUGAUGAACUUGAAAUUGAUGAUUCUGGAUAUUAUGAUCAUUAGACAUGGGAACGAUUAGAUAGAUUUGAUUAAGCAUUGCCGAAUCAAAGGAACAAUUGUUCUUGGGUUGCAUAUGAAGAUUUUUUGUAUAUCUUUGGUGGUUUUACAUUCAAUGGGAGAUUGGAUGAUGUUCACAGAUAUUCCUUCAGUUCUAAUUCAUGGUAGCGUCUAAAUACAACAGGACAGAAACCAAGUGCCAGAGAGAAUAAUGGAGCAAUAUAAUAUAAAGAUCACAUGUAUAUAUUCGGUGGCUGCGAUGGAUUAUUAUGGUUGAAUGAUUUUUAUUCGCUCAAUCUAAAGACUCUGCAAUGGAAAAAAAUUGAACCUACUGGUUAAUGUCCAUCUGAAAGAUUUGGUAUAGCUUGUGGUGCUUAUUAGACUAAAAUGCUCAUUUUUGGAGGUUGUGAUGGUAAUCAUUAUCUAAAUGAUGCAUAUGUUUGGGAUUUUGAAGAAUAGGUUUGGAAUAAGUUGUAAUUGAUAGGGGACAUCCCCUCUGCUCGUUCAUGUCCUUCCUAUAGUACUUUCAAUAAUUACAUAUAUAUAUUUGGAGGAUUUGAUGGGGUUAAUAGAUUAAAUGACUUUUAUAAAAUUAAUAUCUUCUCAGGAAAAGUUAAAAGAAUAAGUCAGCAUGGUACAAUUCCAUGUCCAAGAUAUUUCCACACAUCAGAAGUUUAUUAAAAUAAACUAUUAUUAUUUGGAGGAUUUAAUGGUUAGGCGAGAUUGAAUGAUCUAUAUGAAUUUGAAUUUGGGAGUAAGACUUGGAAGAAAUUGGAAGUUCAUGAACCUCCAAAAGGCAGAUCAUCUAUGGUUUUUUAGUUGUACAAUGAUUCCCUCUAUGUCUUUGGUGGAUAUGAUGGGGAUGAGUUAUUGAGUGACAUAUACAAAUUAGAAUUCAAGAAUGCGUAGGUUCCUAGGUCCAGUUUCAUACAGGAUUUGAGAUCCUUGAUAAAUAAUUCUUAGAUGAGUGAUGUAGUAUUCAUUGUGGAGGAUCAACAAAUAUACGCUAAUCGUUGUAUUUUAGGUGCUAGGUGUGAGCACUUCUAGACUCUAUUUUUUGAAGAGUUCAGAGACAAGGAUUAAAUCUUCAUAGAGAUUACUGAGUGUACUCAUUAGACUUUUAUGGACAUGUUAUAAUAUAUCUAUACUGAUUAAUUGGACUCAUGUUUAAACACAACCAGGUUAUUGAGUUUGAUCAUAUUGUCUGACUAAUACCUGAUGCAAAGGUUGAAGUAUUUAUGUGAAGAGUAACUAAUACGAAAGAUAAAUUGCAAUAAUGUCAUCGAGUUAAUCUUGUUUUCCAAAAAAUAUAAUUGUAGAUUGUUAAGAAUCCAAACAAUGAAAUAGUUAGUGGAUAAUAUAGCAACUAUAAAGAGAAGAAAGGAUUUUAUAAAAUUGGCAUAAGAGCCAGAAAUACUAUUAGAGAUAAUAUAAAAAAAAUGUUGA